AUCAAAGACUGAAAUCUGUUCUUUACAAAAGUAUGCAGAUCAUUUAUUCAAUACUGUGUUGACGCCCCUUUGACAGCACUUACAGCUGCUUUGCACACCUGGAUUUGGGCAGUUUAUUCCAUUCUUCAUGGCAGAUUUUCUCAAGCUACAUCAGAUUGAAUGACACUUCUGAUCUUCGUAAUGGAAGUAACAGAAGAUGGAUCAGGACCUUUCAAGAACCCUGGAGCACAGGUUCCUGCUGCUGAUCGCUCACAGCCUCAAGAGGACGUAAGAACAAGUUCAUGCAAAGGUACAUCAAACCCCAGAGGACACGACCAAGAGAAGAAGCCCACAUCCCACAAGUCUGGAGGCGGUUUGAAGGAGGAGAUUGUGGAGGUGGUAAUCGGCAACUGCGAUCAUGGAAGCGGUCCAAAUAAUGAGUGCAAUAAAGAGGAAGAAGCUGACAAUGACUCCAUGAAAGAGAAAGAACUUGAUGAUGACUGUCUGAGAGAGAAAGAACCUGACGAUGACUCCAUGAAAGAGGGAGCACAAGCUGAUGAUGGCUACCUAUACUGUGAGGAAUGUGGAACGUACUUCUAUAACAAGUGUGAGGUUCACGGUCCGGCUCUCUUCACCCCUGAUACCCCCGUUCCCAUGGGGGUGGAGGACCGAGCCAGACAGACCCUUCCACCUGGGCUGGAGGUUCGGAUGUCCGAUAUCCCUGAUGCGGGUCUGGGAGUGUUUAAUAUGGGGGAGACUGUUCCUAUCGGGGCACAUUUCGGACCCUACCAGGGAGAGCCGGUGGACCGAGAGGAAGCCAUGAACAGUGGAUACUCCUGGGUGAUCUGCCGGAGCAGCCAGUGUGAAGAGUACAUAGAUGCUACGAACGAGACCAACACGAACUGGAUGAGGUACGUGAACUGCGCUCGUAACGAAGAAGAGCAGAAUCUGGUGGCGUUCCAGUACCAGGGAGGGAUCUUCUACCGAUGCUGUCGACCCAUCGAAGCAGGACAGGAGCUCUUGAUGUGGUACCAGGAGCAAUACGCCAAAGAAAUUGGCAUCACGUUCGAAUAUCUUUGGAAUAAGAAAUGCUUCACGAAAGAAAAGAAAGACCCCUCUUUCUCCUGCCCAUUCUGUCCACUUUACUUCACAGCCCAAACCUAUCUCCAAAAACACAUAAGUAGAUGCCACCAUAAGACGUACUUAGAACAGCAGGGAUCGGAAGAUAUCGGUAGUGUUUGCAGUAGCACCACUCAAGCUCUCAAAACACACCGGCGCGUUCACACAGAAGAGAGGCCGUAUCGGUGCUCGCAGUGCGGGAAGAGUUGCUCCAACAGGGGUAAUCUUCAGCGCCACCUGCUCAUUCACACGGGAGAAAAGCCACACCAGUGCUCACACUGUGGGAAGAGUUUCAGUCAGAAAACUCAUCUUGAAGUACAUCAGACCGUCCACACGGGAGCGAGGCCGUAUCCGUGCUCGGUGUGCGGGAAGAAUUUCACCCGCCCGAGCGCCCUGCGAAAACACAGGCUCGUUCACGUCAGCGUGAAGCCUCAUCGCUGCCCGCAGUGCUGGAAAAGCUUUACUAACCAGAGUGCUCUUCAAACGCACAUGAAUAUUCACAGCAGUCAGAAGCCGUAUCAGUGCUCACAGUGUGGGAACAGUUACACUCUCAAGAGUACGCUCCAACUGCACCAGCGCAUUCACGCAGGAGAAAAGAUGAAUGUUUUCUCCUGCUCCGUGUGCCCACUUUCCUUCACAGCUCAGAUUUACCUCCACAAGCACAUACGGAGGUGUCAUUAUGAGGAGUACGUGAGGCUGAGUAGAUCAGGAGAUAUCAAAUGUUAUCACCUGAUGAACAAUAAAACAAGCUCCAGUACUCAGCAAACGCUCUCUGGUGGUCUCGACAGUAACACCUCUGAUGGGCAAGCGCAGGAUAAAUUGUAUUACUGCUCAGAUUGUGGAAAGGGUUUCAGUCACCUGAGUUAUCUGCAGCGACACCAGCGCUUUCACAUAGGGGACAAACCAUAUUGCUGCCUAGAGUGUGGGAAGAGUUUUACAGACCAGAGUACUCUCCAUCGGCAUCAGCGCAUUCACACAGGCAUCAAGCCAUUUCAGUGCCCACAGUGUGGGAAGAGUUUUACCGCCCUUAGUAAUCUUCUACAACACCAGCGCAUUCACACCGGAGAGAAGCCUUACCAUUGCUCAGAGUGCGGAAGGAGUUUUACCUACCAGGACACUCUCCGACGACACCAGCGCACUCACACGGGAGAGAAGCCCUUCCUCUGCGCACUGUGUGGAAAAGCCUUCACCCAGCAGAGCGACCUCAGACUACACCAGCGCAUUCACACCGGAGAGAAGCCGUACCAUUGCUCAGAGUGCGGGAAGAGUUUUACCAAACAGAACACUUUACAACGACACAAGCGCAGUCACUCGGGAGAAAAGCCUCACAAGUGUUCGCAGUGCGACAAGAGUUUCAUUCAGCAGAGUUCUCUCCUCCACCACCAGCACGUUCACACGGGAGAGAAGCCGUACCAGUGUUCGCAGUGUGGGAAGUGUUACACUAAACCCAGCAACCUUCAGCGACACCAGCGCAUUCACUCUGGAACGAAGCCGUUUCAGUGCGUACAGUGUCGGAAGCGUUUCGCUGAUCAGAGCGCUCUGGAGGAGCACCAGAACAGUCACAAAACUGAGAAGCAACAUCGGUGCUCGGAGUGCGGGAAGAGUUACACUAAACUGAAGAAUCUCCAACGACAUCAGACUGUUCACUCCGAAAAGAACAAGACUAGUACAAAGGCAUGUAAAGAAGUAUCAAGCUCUGUAAGACACACAACCUUUGUGCACCAACAGAAUGGAGGAUUCUUGAAAAAGCUCCCAUCACACGAGUCUGGAGCCUGUUUGAAGGAGGAGAUUAUGGAGGUGAUAAUUGGCAGCUGUGAUCAUGAAAGCAGCUUCCACAGCGGUCCAGAUGUUGACUGUAUUACAGAGGAGGAACCUAAAGAUGACGACUUCCUGUACUGCGAGGAAUGCCGAACCUUCUUUUUUAAUAAGUGUGAGGUUCAUGGUCUGCCUCUCUUCAUCCCUGAUACCCCCGUUCCCACGGGGUUUGUUGAUCGUCCCAGACAGACCCUCCCACCUGGUCUACAGGUUCAAAAAUCAAGUAUAUCUGAUGCAGGCUUGGGAGUGUUUAACAUGGGGGAGAUGAUUCCAGUUGGUGCACACUUCGGACCCUACCAGGGCGAGCUGGUUGACAAAGAGAAAGCCAUGAACAGUGGAUACUCCUGGGUGAUCUGCAAGAGCGACCAGUGUGAAGAAUACGUAGACGCAACGAGAGAAACGCAUGCUAACUGGAUGAGGUACGUGAAUUGUGCUCGUAAUGAAGAAGAACAGAAUCUGGUUGCGUUCCAGUACCGAGGAGGGAUUCUCUAUCGUUGCUGUCAGCCAAUCACACAUGGACAGGAGCUCUUGGUGUGGUAUGAAGAAGAUUAUGCCAGAGAUGCUGGCAUGACGUUCGAAUAUCUUUGGAACAAGAAGUGCUGCUCAGCAGAAGAAAACAGUGACACGUGUUUAGGAGUGUUCUCCUGCCCCCUGUGUUCCCUUACCUACACAGCUGAAAUUUACCUUAAAGAACACAUCAGGAGAUGCCAUGAUGAGGAAUCCGUUGAGCUCCAGAGAUCAGAAAAGAACAACAAUAUUGGUCUGAUAUCUCAGCAAGCACCCUCUGCUUGUUUCCAUGACUCUCAUGAACAGGUAAAACAUUUCUGGUGCUCGGAUUGUGGGAAGAGAUUCACUCGCCAGAGUACUCUCCAGCGACACCAGCUCAUUCACACGGGGGUGAAGCCAUUUCGCUGCUCACUCUGUGGGAAAAGUUUCAGUCGGCAGAGUACUCUCAACGAUCACCAGCGCAUUCACACCGGAGAGAAGCCCUACCAGUGCUUACAGUGUGGAAAAAGCUUCGCUCACCAGAUUACUCUCCAACAGCACCAGCACAUUCACACAGGAGAGAAGCCAUAUCAGUGCCCACACUGUGGGAAAGGUUUUACUGACCAGAGUAAUCUCCGACAUCACCAGCGCGUUCACACGGGAGAGAAGCCGUAUCACUGCUUACAGUGUGGGAAGAGCUUUACCCGUCAGAGUACUCUCCAACGACACCAGCGCCUUCACACAGAACAAAUCUCGUAUCACGGCUCAAAUUUGACUGACCAGAAUGAUCUCUGACUCUGCUUGCUGUGAAAAGACGGUGUAGCUCACAAUCUCCUGCUCCUCAUCAGCUGGGGAAUUUUUUCCAGUGACCAUCAUUCUUGGUGUUAAUGUCCUGAUGUCUGUAAAGGUCUGUUGACUUUUUAAUUGUGAAAAUUGCUAUAAAAUGAGUAAGUGUGGGAUCUGUUCACACCUUACAAUCAUAGUGAA